CCUUUCUGUUAUUUUUGAGCUUUCUGCUGAUCGGUAAUGGAUUGAAUCACUUCGGAAAUUGACGGAGGGGUGCGCCUCCAGCAACGCACUAAAGCUAGUGAGUCUGUGUUCUUGAUGUUGUUACCUUCUUGAUUCGUCAAAUUCCUGGAAUUCUUUCGGUUUCGUUUAUCUGUUGUUGCAGAAAUUCGCUGAGUUCUUGCAUCUGUUGCAAGCCUACGAGUAAAAAUUGUGCGCAUUUUUGGGAUCUGUUGGACGCUUCUGUAAGAUCAUUCUAUUAAUUUUGGCGAUUUUCUGUUAGCUAAUAUUUCAAAAUGAUUGACAUAAUCCAAAAAAAACUAGAAAUCUUUUGAUUAAUUUCAGAAAGUUCUGAGCUAUUCAUGAAAAAUGUUAACUAAUUUCAGCUAAUUCGAAAAUCGCGCUUGAAUAAUUUUAACUAAUUUCAACUAAUUCUAAAACUGAGCUUGACUAAUUUGAACUAAUUCGAACUAAUUUGAACUAAUUCUAAUUAAUUUCUGUUAGUUAAUGAACAAAAUAUCUACGGCCUUUCUUGUCUUUAAAACUGAGGCCCUCGGAGAGCUUGGCGGGCGGUUUUGUGAAGCCUUCGGAACCGAGCUCCCGCGGGACCUUCCUGAAGCAGCUGCCCCGAGGCCUUUGCGGCAGUCCGUUCGAGGCUCACCGGGGAGCCUUCUCCAAGCUUCUCGGAAAGCCCUCGCGGCGCCGCCUGGUAGGCUCGGGCAGAGCCCUUUGGAGCCGCCUCGGAAAGCCUCCGGCAGGCUGGCUCGCAAGAGGUCGCCGCCGAAGCCUUGCGCGGGGCUAGAUUCUUAAGCGCCGGGCGGGGAAAAGCUUGCGCUUUGCUAAUAGUGGCCGCCGCGUCCUUGCUGCCCGGCGGGAAAACCUACGGGAGCUCUGUUCAACACCCGCAAGAUUCCCGACCCUUCCGCCCCUGCGAAAGGGGCCGCGGUAUCUCAUAGGGCUCCCGUGGGAUCUCCUAUUGCUUUCAUGCCGCCACCGGCCCCCCAGCUACCUUUUUAGGGAGACCAGGGAGGACCCCACAGGAGGCCCCUGAGACGCGGCAGCACUAUCGCCUCUGCCCUGGACCUACGGGGAAGGGGGGCUUGUCCUAUCGAC